GCCGCCGGCUGGGCGCCGCGCUCCUGGUGCGGUUCCGUGCGCUGUUUGUCAGGUCUCCUCGUCGCUUCCGCAGUCGCCGCUACUUGCGCCCCUGAUUUGGUCAGUGGUGCAGCCGGACCAGCACCAUGUCACUGUCUCGCUCGGAGGAGAUGCACCGGCUCACGGAAAAUGUCUACAAGACCAUCAUGGAGCAGUUCAACCCCAGCCUGCGGAACUUCAUCGCCAUGGGCAAGAACUACGAGAAGGCACUGGCAGGUGUGACGUAUGCUGCCAAAGGCUAUUUUGACGCCCUGGUGAAGAUGGGCGAGCUGGCCAGCGAGAGCCAGGGCUCCAAAGAACUCGGGGACGUUCUCUUCCAGAUGGCAGAAGUCCACAGGCAGAUUCAGAAUCAGCUGGAAGAAAUGCUGAAGUCUUUUCACAACGAGCUGCUCACGCAGCUGGAGCAGAAGGUGGAGCUGGACUCCAGGUACCUGAGUGCUGCCCUGAAGAAAUAUCAGACGGAGCAGAGGAGCAAAGGUGACGCGCUGGACAAGUGCCAAGCUGAGCUGAAGAAACUCCGCAAAAAGAGCCAAGGGAGCAAAAACCCCCAGAAAUACUCAGACAAGGAGCUGCAGUACAUCGACGCCAUCGGCAACAAGCAGGGUGAGCUGGAGAGCUACGUGUCCGACGGCUACAAGACCGCCCUCACCGAGGAGAGGCGGAGGUUCUGCUUCCUGGUGGAGAAGCAGUGCGCCGUGGCCAAGAACUCUGCUGCCUACCACUCCAAGGGCAAGGAGCUGCUGGCGCAGAAGCUGCCACUAUGGCAGCAGGCCUGUGCCGACCCCAACAAGAUCCCUGAGCGCGCCGUGCAGCUGAUGCAGCAGAUGGGCAACAGUAACGGCUCCAUCCUCCCCAGCGGCCUGUCGGCCUCCAAGUCCAACCUGGUCAUCUCAGACCCCAUUCCGGGGGCCAAGCCCCUGCCGGUGCCCCCUGAACUGGCCCCAUUUGUGGGGCGGCUGUCUGCCCAGGAGAACGCACCCGUCAUGAAUGGCGUCUCGGGCCCAGACAGCGAGGACUACAACCCAUGGGCUGACCGCAAGGCCACCCAGCCCAAGUCCACGUCUCCCCCGCAGUCUCAGAGCAAGCUGAGCGACUCCUACUCCAACACGCUUCCCGUGCGCAAAAGUGUGGCGCCCAAGAACAGCUACGCCACCACUGAGAACAAGACCCUGCCUCGCUCGAGCUCCAUGGCCGCCGGCCUGGAGCGCAACGGCCGCAUGCGGGUGAAGGCCAUUUUCUCCCACGCGGCCGGGGACAACAGCACCCUGCUGAGCUUCAAGGAGGGUGACCUCAUCACCCUGCUGGUGCCCGAGGCCCGAGACGGCUGGCACUACGGCGAGAGCGAGAAGACCAAGAUGCGGGGCUGGUUUCCCUUCUCCUACACCCGAGUCCUGGACAACGACGGCGGGGACAGGUUGCACAUGAGCCUGCAGCAGGGCAAGAGCAGCAGCACGGGUAACCUCCUGGACAAGGAGGACCUGGCCCUCCCGCCCCCUGACUACGGGACGUCCUCCCGGGCAUUCCCCACCCAGACGGCCGGCGCCUUCAAGCAGAGGCCCUACAGCGUGGCAGUGCCCGCGUUCUCGCAGGGUCUGGAUGAUUAUGGGGCACGGGCCGUGAGCAGGGUCCAUGGUGCUGCCCCAUCUCCGUUCCCUGUGUUUACACACCCGCCCCUGCGCCCCCGUGCGUCCCGCCAGGCGGCCGGCUGGUGCCGGCGGGGCGUCCUCGCCACAGCCCCCCUUCCACCGCCGUACUCAUGCCGCGCUGUCCCUCUUUGAAGGCUCACCAUGAGCCAGGUCUAAAGUCUGAAGAAAAAGAAAAAUUCAAAAAAAAACAAAACAAAAAAACAACAAAAAGAUGAAAAACAGGAAAAGGACUUUUUCUUUUUUUCCUGAAAAACAAAACAGACCUGCAUGGACUCCGGUGUGCGCACUGUUAUCUCGCGUCCGACCCCCAGCGCACACUGGCACCUGUGUCGGGAGAGGGGGUGCUGGGGGCUCCGAGAGGCUCUGGGCUGCACCCAGGGAGGGGCUGGGGCCGAGCCAGGGGGCCUCCUGAGGAAGCUGGCCGCUCCUGUGAGGGAGGCCCCGGCCCUGCCCGCCAGGCCGGGCCCCUGACGGCUCCCGGGUCCCAGACGCCACUGAACGAUGUGCAGACCAGAGCGCGGUGCCAGCUUCGGGCACCAUGGCCGCGACCGCACAGGGCGCUGGCAGGGAGGGGGCCCGGCCGCACUCGGACAUUCCAAAGACCUCCAGAGACCACCCCCGCCCCCACGUGUUCUGGAAAUCGUUUCUCUAACCAGCCUGUGAUGGAGCGAGGGCAGCUCUGGGCACCCUGCCGCAUCCUCCCUAAACGCUCUCGUCUCUGUGUGUCUCGGUGGCUUCAGAAGCAGACACGCUGGACUGAGUGGCUACUGGUUUUGCCUCUUCACGCCUUGAAUCUGGGAAGUGAGCGAGGGCGUAGCUGCUCUGCCCUUCGCACCGCGGGAGCCCCCGUGAAGCUGUGGACCCUCCUUUUUCUGAUGUGAUUUAGCCAAACCUUCCUGCCCCCUCCAGUGGGCUAGGACGUGCCUGGUAGCGUGUGUGAGAGAAGCAGCUCAAGACGCAGACAGACCCUGUUUUAUAAUUUAAGGAGAAAACAAAGCCAGAACACGGACCUUUGUAAAAAAAAAAAAAAAAAAAGAACCUUCUAUGUUGGUGUUCUAAUUUUGCUAAAAGAUCUCAAAUCCAGGGGAUUCCAUGCUCAAUGGAUGAAUGUAGACACAAAACCGCAAAACUUGUAUGAAGAUGUAAAGUGCUGAAAAUAUUUUUCCUGUUUCCUUUCCCUUUUUUUUUUUUUAAAAAUCUGAAUUGUGCCCUGUACUGCAGUUGUUUGAAUAAAAGUUUUAUUUAUUGCA